AUGCCUGAACAUUGUAUCUUUAAGGAUUUUUAUGGUCCUACUGGUUUAGCACAAAAAAAUAUAAUGAAAGGGGAUUUAAGUAGUGCUUUUUUGUUAUUAAUUGAUAACAAAAUCUUAGAAGACAUAAUUACUUUUACUGAAAAAGAAGCAUUCGAGGUUUUAGGAAUAGAAUGGAAAUUGACAAUAUCUAAACUUAAGGCAUUUAUUGGUAUACUAUAUGCUCGUGGGGCAUAUGAAGGCAAUACGUUAAGAGUUUCUUAUCUUUGGAACAAUAAAUGGGGUCCCCCUUUUUUUGCAAAAACCAUGAGUAGACGUGAAUUUACUGAAAUUCUAAGAUUUAUUAGAUUUGAUGACAAAAAUACAAGGUUGGAAAGGUUGAAGACGGACAAAUUUACACAUAUUUCUGAUGUUUGGAAUCGAUUUAUUAUUAAUAGCCAAAAUAAUUAUAGGCCGGGAGCUCAUAUAACCGUGGAUGAGCAAUUAUUUCCUACAAAAGCAAGGUGUCGUUUCACUCAAUAUAUGCCAAACAAACCUUUUAAAUUUGGUAUAAAAUUCUGGCUUGCAUCUGACGUUAGCACAAAAUAUGUUGUGAAUGGAUUCCCUUACCUUGGAAAAGAUGAAGAUCGAAACUCUUCAACUCCUCUUGGUGAGUAUGUAGUAAUGAAGCUUAUAGAACCUUUUUCAAUGAAGGGUAGAACAAUUACAACUGAUAAUUUUUUUACAAGUAUUCCUUUAGCGUUGAAGCUAAGACUUCUAAAAACUUCAUUUCUUGGAACGAUGCGGUCAAACAAAAAAGAAUUGCCCGAUAUCUGUAAACAGAAAAAAGAUGGAAUGGAGCGGUUUACAACUUUGUUAUUUCAAACCAAUGAAUGUUCUCUUACGGUUUACAAAAGUAAACCUGAUAAGAAAGUACUUUUACUGAGUACAAGACAUAAACAUGUCAAAAUUGAAAAUUCAGUAAAAAAAUUGCCAGAGACUAUAAGUUAUUAUAAUAAAACUAAAUUUGGAGUAGAUGCAACUGAUCAAAUGGCUAAGAAGUAUACAGUAAAAUCGGGUUCUAGAAGAUGGCCACUCCAGGUUUUUUUUAACAUUUUAGAUUUAGCGGGAAUAAAUGCUUGGAUAUUAUACAAAACUGCAACUGGUGAAAAAAUCUCACGGAAAGAUUUUUGUUUAGACUGGCAGAAGAAUUAG